AUGAAAGUAUUUAAAAGACAGAGGCACAUAAAUCAAUUUGAAAGGAAAAUUAAGUGGUUGAGAUUAAAGGAUAAAAAUUUGAGAGAGGAGUUUAGUGAAGAAGUACAGGGAAAGGUAAAAUUGGCAGAGAGUGUGCAGGAGUGGUGGAAAAUUAAUAGUGCUGUUAUAAGGAAGACUGGGGAGGAAGUAUUUGGGUUAACAUCUCAGAGAGGGGUGCCAGGAGAUAAGGAAGCAUGGUGGUGGAAUGAAGAGGUGCAGAAGGUUGUGAAGGAAAAGAAAGACGCUAAGAGGAAGUGGGAUAUGUCCAGAAGUGCUGAGGAUGGGCAAGCAUACAAAAGAGCAAAGAAGGAGGCAAAACGAGCCGUGGCUAAAACUAAAGCUGAAUCAGUAAGGGAGGCAUACGAACAACUACAGAAAAAUCAGGAUAUGAGACAACUGAUAUGGAUAGGCAAAUCAAGAGAUAAAGCUUCUAAGGAUCUAACAGCAAUAAAACAAAUGAAAGAUGAAAUAGGAAUAAUUCUGCAUGGUCAUGGAAAAAUAAUCCAAAGGUGGUUGAAUUAUUUUGAGAAAUUGCUGAAUGAAGAAAACGUAAGAGUGAAAACUGAGGAAGGAGGGCAAACAAAGGAUUAA